AUGCCAGCAUUGCCGAACGUGUUACUGAACGAUACCAUGCAGAUAGAUCCUGCGAAAAUUUCCUCUAACAAGUCACCCGUGUUACCACCAUGUCCCGAACCUUUUCUCUAUCAUGCUCCAGAGCCAGCCGCUCAAAAGCCCGAGCUUCACUUUGCUAUGCCGAGAGAAUAUCGGGAGAGUCUUCUCGAGUAUGCGCAAUCUUUUGACCAACUUCGAGAAGUCAAGAGAAAGGUUUACAAGGUUUGA